CACACUGCCUUUCUAACAAUGGGUUAAUUCAGCAUGGCUGCAUUUGCGCAGAGAGUAACAACACACACCUCCCCAUCACAGCUGGAGCGUUGCCACAAGCGUUGCUACGGACUCGCAGCAAGCGCAGUUUUAACAUGGACCUGCCCGCACCCAUCCGAAGACGGCUCGGGGAUUUCUCCAGAACGGUUUUUGUGGACCAGAGUCGUACGCAACCCUCCCCAGGACAGCACGCUAAUUUUCUAAGCGAGGAUAAAGAUGUAAUAUCCAGUCUUCCUCUUCAGAUGUCACUUUACUUUAACAUGUGGUUCUUUCCAUUUUGGUGGAUUAGUGAGGCUGUCAUGCUCCAACUGAAGUAUCAAGCUCUCGUUGAUUACUACAAGUUCAUCCUGAUAACUAUCCUUAUUUUAAUGACCCUGAUUGAGGCGAUCAGACUCUACCUGGGCCAUGUUGGAAAUCUGCAAGAAAAGGUUCCAGAAUUGGCUGGAUUUUGGUUGUUGACUCUCCUAUUGCAGUUUCCACUGGUUCUCUUUCAGCUGUUCAAUGAGGCGAUUCUCAUUCAGCCUUUGGAGAGAGCAGUUCAUAUUAUACUGGCCUUGUUUAUCUUUGCCGAGGCUCUUUUUGGCUUUGUUGCCUUGCGUGCGAUGGUUCGACACACUGAAAGUCGUUUUCAUUUGAGACAGUUUCAUGGAAUUCAGGAAUUAAGAACAUAACGCUGGACGCUACUACGGAAUCGGAUGAUCUUGAUAAAACACUUUUGUAAUCAUUGCGGUUUGUUUACUGUAAAAAUACCUUGCUUAUGUGGUAGUCUCUGUGAGAAUACAUGAAUUGUUUUUUUUAUAUUUUCAGUUUUAUGAAUGUACUUUAGUGCCUUGUUUUAUUCAUACCAAUCAAUAUUGGGGCGGUUUCCCGGACACGGUUUGGAUUAGGACUAGGCCUUAGUUAUAUUAGGACAUUUAAGUAGUUUUUACAAACAAUCCUUACAAAAAACAAUAAUGAUGUGCAUCUUGAGACAAAACAAUGGCACUGAUAUACACUCACCUAAAGGAUUAUUAGGAACACCUGUUCAAUUUCUCAUUAAUGUAAUUAUCUACUCAACCAAUCACAUGGCAGUUUCUUUAAUGCAUUUAGGGGUGUGGUCCUGGUCAAGACAAUCUCCUGAACUCCAAACUAAAUGUCAGAAUGGGAAAGAAAGGUGAUUUAAGCAAUUUUGAGCAUGGCAUGGUUGUUGGUGCCAGAUCUGCUCAGUUACUGGGAUUUUCAUGCACAACGAUUUCUAGGGUUUUCAAAGAAUGGUGUGAAAAGGGAAAAACAUCCAGUAUGCGACAGUCCUGUGGGCGAAAAUGCCUUGUUGAUGCAAGAGGUCAGAGGAGAAUGGGCCGACUGAUUCAAGCUGAUAGAAGAUCAACUUGACUGAAAUAACCACUCGUUACAACCAAGGUAUGCAGCAAAGCAUUUGUGAAGCCACAACACGCACAACCUUGAGGCGGAUGGGCUACAACAGCAGAAGACCCCACCGGGUGCCACUUAUCCUCACUACAAAUAGGAAAAAGAGGCUACAAUUGGCACAAGUUCACCAAAAUUAGACAGUUGAAGACUAGAAAAUGUUGCCUGGUCUGACGAGUCUCGAUUUCUGUUGAGACAUUCAGAUGGUAGAGUCAGAAUUUGGCGUAAA